AUGAAAACCAUUAUCGCGGCGUAUUCCCGAGACCUGGGCGGAAGCCGGCUCACAUUGCGCUCUGCACUGAAGUCCAUCUCUGCCGCGGCCACCCGACCUCAAGAGCACCGCCGGUCAUGUGUCCAGCUCCUAGUCAUAGUCCAAUGGCUAUUCUCCUUCCUGCUGAUGGGGUUGAUGUUCCUGAUCCUCUUUAUAUAUCUCUUCUUCACGUAUCUGUGGCUCAUAUCUGCCGUCUACCUGAGCUGGCUCCUGCUGGACUGGGACACACCUGAAGCAGGAGGUCGGCGCAGUGAGUGGGUGCGGAGGUGGUCUCUAUGGAAGCAUUUUCGGGAUUACUUCCCUAUACAGCUCGUGAAGACUCACCACCUCCCUCCGGGACGGAAUUACAUCAUCGGCUCUCAUCCUCACGGAAUUCUUUGUAUCGGAGCGUUUUGUAACUUUGUGACAGAAUCUACCGGCUUCUCUCAGAAAUUCCCGGGAAUCCGGCCGCACUUGGCCACGCUGGCGGGGAACUUCCGGCUGCCUGUGCUGCGAGAAUAUAUGAUGAGCGGAGGACUGUGCCCGGUGAAUCAAAAAGCCAUUGGAUAUACUCUGUCCCAGAAGGGACGUGGCAAUGCCGUGGUUAUUGUCAUAGGGGGCGCUGCGGAGUCCUUAUCCUACCAGCCGGGAGUGACAACCCUCAUUCUGAGUCGGAGGCGGGGCUUUGUGCGAUUGGCAUUGGAGCAUGGGGCAGAUCUGGUCCCCUCCUUCUCCUUUGGUGAGACUGACCUGUACCAGCAGAUCCAUUUCUCGGAGGGCAGCAUCCUGCGCUCAGCUCAGUGCAAAUUCCAGAAACUUUUUGGCUUUGCCCCAUGCUUCUUCUACGGCCGAGGGCUAACGUCACCUGACUCCAAGGGCUUCAUCCCCUUCUCACAUCCAAUAACUACCGUUGUUGGCGAGCCGGUCACUGUCCCUCAGAUAAAGGACCCGAGCCCGGAGAUUGUGGAUCUCUAUCACGACAUGUAUAAGCGUUCUUUGCUCAAACUCUUCCAUGAACACAAGACGAAGUACGGACUGGGAGAGAACGGCGAUUUGCGGAUCUUGUGA